AUGGCCGCCCCAGCCCCGCCAUCUUGCCCGCUCCCCGCCCUGAGCCGGGGGGCCGUGGCCCUCUGCCUGCUGCACUACCUGCGGCUGCAGCGGGGCCGCCGCCUGCGGGAGGCCGCCCGCCGCCACCGGGCCGCCCGCCACCGCCGGGCCCGGGCCCGCUGGGGCCGCCGCUUCGCCCUGCUGUGGCGGCGGCGGCUCUGGAGCAAGGCCCGCAGCUCGGCCUUCUGGGACACGGUGCGGGCCAAGGCCUUCGGGCCCGGCGAGUGGGCCGACAACUUCCGCCUGGGGCCGGCCACCUUCGACUACCUCUGCGGGCGGCUGCGGGGGGCCAUCCAGCGGCGGGACACCAACAUGCGCCGGGCCAUCCCCGCCGAGGUCCGCCUGGCCAUGACCCUCUGGCGCCUCGGGGCCUGCACCGAGUACCGGGCCGUGGAGCAGCAGUUCGGCGUCUCCCGCUCCACCGUCUGCAAGAUCCUGCGGGACGUCUGCGAGGCCGUGGUGGCCAUCCUCACCCCGGCCUACGUGGCCGCCCCCGCCGGGCCCCGGGCCGCCGGCUUCCCCGCCCCGCCCCAGCUGGCCGGCGUGCUGGGGGCCCUGCACAUCCCCAUCCGGGCCCCCAACGAGAACGCCGCCGGGUACUUCAACCGCCGGGGUUGGCACUCGGUGGUGCUGCAGGCCGCCGUCGACGCCCGCGGCUGCUUCUGGGACGUCAACGUCGGCUGCCCCGGGAGGCAGACCGACGCCCAGGUGCUGCGGGCCUCCGAGCUGUACCAGCGCGCCCAGCGGGGGGAGCUCUUCCCCGGGGCGGCCCGGGACGUGGGAGGCGUCCAGGUGCCCGUCUACUUGCUGGGCGGCCCGUCCUACCCGCUCCUGCCCUGGCUGAUGAGGCCUUACCGGGCCGGGGAGCUGACGCCGGCCCAGAGGCGUUUUAACGAGUACGCCGCCGCCGCCCGCACUGUGGUGGGGGUGGCGUUCGGGCGCCUGAGGGGUCGCUGGCGCUGCCUCCAGAAACGCAACGACACGGAUGUCUCUUUCCUGCCCACCCUGAUCGCCGCCUGCUCCACCCUCCACAACGUCUGCGAGAUGCACGGCGACGUCUUCCAGCCCCGCUGGAUGGUGGAGGAAGAGGAGGAGGAGGAGGAAGAUCCCGUCGAGGACGGGGAGGGAGAGGAUGGCGCCGCGGCCGAGAUCCGUGAGGCACUGGCUCUGACCCUUCGGGACUGA